AUGCCGCAGGUUAAGCAUAUGAGGGAUGAUUUGAGAUUGUUGGAGGAAAAGAAGACUGAAUAUUACAACGUUUUAAGGCAAUCCGGUUCGGGUCACAGAGCUGCAGAAAAAUGGCAAGAUCCUACACCAGAAAUAGAACACAACUUACGUGUGGCACAAACACAAGCCGAAGAUCGAUUCAAUCUGGCUAUAGACAAACUUCAUGAAGAAAAGCGAAUUGAAGAGCUGACAAAGCAUGAGACUGAAGAAAGAAUGAAAGAAGUCAGAAAUGUUGAGAAUAUGCGUGCUGCUUUGAUCGCCUCUCUGCCUCCGCCUAAGAAUACCUUACUUGAGAAGGAUCUAGCAUCUACAGUUGAAAAGGAACCUCUUGUCCUUGUAUACGAUGCAGAAGCUAAAAAUACACUACACUCACAGAAUCUACCAUCAAAAGUGAUUAUAAAUAACGACAGAAAAGAUGAAAAUGAAACAGUUGACGAUAAGGAAAGAUACAAUGCAACUAUUUCUGCACACAAAGAAGAAGAACGUAUACAAGCAGUUGAACGUGUUAAUGCCAUCCACGCCAAUGAAGAUUUAAUCAAAGCUGAUAUGCGUGGACGUCAAGCUAUGAGAAAAGAACGGAUUCGUCAACAUUAUCAAGCUUUAUUACAUCGUCUGGAUGAAGUUGGACGUAAUGAAAUAUUACUACGUCGUAGUCAGUUAUACUCUGGUACAGCUGGUGGGAAUUCUUUACCUGGUGGUCCAAAAGAUGCGGCUGUGCUUAAUCGCCGGUUAGAAAAAGUUUUCGAGGAUGAAAUACUUUAUCAAUUGGCAAAUUCAAAUCAUAACGAUGCCUAUCUCACGGACAAUAUAAAUGAAGAGGUUUCAGUUGAUCAUGGGAUUAUGAACACAGGCCAGCCGGUGUCAUCGGUUAUCGACGAGGAAUGUAUACCACCGCCAGCACCACCUAUGGAGGAUUCUGUUGAUGAAGGUAUCCCACUUCCGAACGAAAAAGACGUAGAAUUAAAUAAAAAUGACACUAUUACACCAGAUGAAGACUAUUCAAGCCUGAAAGAGACUUCAUUAUCAACUACUACUGAACAACAGUCUACACAACCAGUGGAUUUAGGACCUGGUGAACGACCUAUUCUCCCUGAUAUUCGUCGUUGUCGUAUCCGAUCAGGUUCAUUGGCGCUUGAUACACCGAAAUCAAUUACCUCGAAAUUACGUACACCCUUAGAACAUUCAUCAUUUGAAGAGAAACAUACAACUGGUGGUGGUAAUGUUACUAUGACUACUACUGACGAUGAAAGUGUACAAUUACGUCAAAGAUUAUUAGAAGAUGAAUUAGAAAUGAUCGAUAGACGCAUAAAUCGUCUACGAUUCAGUUCUGUAUGGGAGAGUAGUGAUCAAGGCGAUCAUCAACAAAUGGAUUCAUUGAAGUCUACUGAUGAAAGCAUAACUGAGACGAAUAAAUCUAAACGGAAUAUUAUUAUUACUACUCCAAGAAAUAUCUAUCCAAUUGAAGGUUGUUUAAAUCAUGAAAAGACAUUGGAUAGUGUACAGAGUACUUCAGAUGCCUCAUCAAAUUCAGAGAGUAAAUUGUCCACUGUACGAUGUCGACGACAAGAACAAGAACCACAACAACGACAACCGGCUUUACCUCCAUCCUCUUCAUUACCAAAAUCUACAAAUGUAAUGAAAAUAAAUGCAUCAUCUUUUGAUUCUAUGCAAACUGGUCAAGACGCGUUAGAUAUAAACACUGGAAAGACGGUUUCAUCAACUCUAGUGAAGUAUCAUAUUUCACAGCCUAUCACCGGUAUUCUAGCUGAACGUGCUCGUUGUCUUGUUAAUGCACAAAAAGCUGAAAUAUUAAAACGUAAGGCUAUAAUCACAUCGUUACCAGAACAAUCAUCUUUAUAUUCAUAUGAUCAAGUUGGUGAUGACAAGAAAGACUCAAAGUAUUCUUCGUCAGCUUCACCAGCACCACUGUCGUCAUCAUCAUCGUCAUCAUCAUCUUCUGUGAAGGUUUCAAAACAGGCGGUCGGUGUUGCUUCAAUGACUACCUCAUUGGAAUCUUUAUCUGACGGACAACAAAUCCAUGGUGAUGAAUGUUUAAUGAAGCCUUCUUUACAAAAAAAUAAAAGUGCUUAUGAAUCGUCUACGGUGACACAAUCAACUCCAAUUGUUACUUCAUCAAAUAAAUAUGAAAAACCUCAUUGCAGUGAAAGUGAUCAAGACGAGUUAUAUCAUUCUAAUAAUAAUGAGAUGAUUAUUGCCGAUGAUGUUGUUACUCAUUUAGAAGAUAAAACAUUAAAUCCUCUCAUCAGCCUUGAAGCUUCCCCUUGUAUGGAUGAUUUGCAGUCAGUUGAUGACACUGGUUUCUCCAAGAAAUCAUAUGAACCAAGUAAUAAUCUUCACAUAUCCAAUGAAGCAUACGAAGAUCCAUCGAAAUCACCCAGACAAUUAAAUCUCCCUACUCCUCCUCCGCUGACGCCGCCGCCUCCACCACCGUGCACUUCAUCAUCAUCAGCAGUCCAAUUGGAGAGUUUCGUGAAUACUACACCUGCCAAUAUUUUAUCCCAACCACAAAUAACUUCACCGGUAUCAUCAUCAUCCCGCUUGUCGUCGACAUCACCAUCACCAGCAUCGAUUACUUCACCAUCGUCUAUUGAAUCGACAAAACCUGCCAGUGUGUCAAAUUCAUCAGAGAAUAAACCUCAGUCUUCUUCUGAAUCGUGUAUAUCUGACACGUUAAAGGCGGAAUUAAAAGCUUUAUUAACAUCGUCUUUGAUCAAUUCAUUGAUUAGUAGUCAAACAUCUGGUUUAAGUGAGACAAGUGAUCUCUACAAGCUGAUCAGUUCACAAAGUUUUUUAUUAUCAUCUGUGCUGUCCAGUAGAGGUCAGAAUGCAACUAAACAGACAACACUUAAUCAUAUCUCCAGUCUAACUAAAUCUUCAUCAAUUGACAAUGAAACAAUUCAACCUGUUGUAACAAGUGCAUCUUCAAUUUCAUCCCCGCAUCUAUCACAAUCAUCAUCAAGUCAGUAUCCUGUUAAAGGUGAACAAUUGACCGAAUCAUCAGAUAUUGAAAAGAAUAAUAAUGCCUCAGAUUUCCAAUCAAUAGUUCGACCUUCAGGUGAUGGUAAUGCUGAGAAUUCAUUAACCAAUCAAAAUUCAUCAAACGAUUCACCAUUAAAUGUUGAUUUAAUUAAAUCGAUAAAAAAACGUGUUCUUAAUAAAUAUAUUAGUGCUAACAAAGAUCGACUUCUUAACUUGUCUAACUUAAAUCGAAGUAAAGUGAUCAGUUCACCGUCUUUACAAUCAUCAUCACCGGCAACAACAUCGACGAGAACAGGAUCAAAUAGAGAAUUUCACAGUCUCUCUGAAGUAACCAACACCGAUGAAAUAAAUUGGUCAGAAGCGCAAUGCGAAUCCCACGAAUCCCGUACAAAACAAACUUCUGAUUUAAAUAAAUCCUCAAAAUUAUCUAGAAAUGAUGAAAAUGGAUAUUUAUUAUCACAAAUCCCUAAUACACCAUCAUCAAAUAAUCAUUCAAUAGGAGGUGUACGCUUUAAACCCUUACCACGACUGGAUGAAGAUAAUUCUGAGGAGUCAGUGCAUACAGUUCAAGUGACAUCUGAUUUUAUUAAUCUCUCAAAUACUCCUUCAUCAUGGACAGAUAGUAGAAAGUCAUCAGAAUUCGGGUAUUUAUCUAGUACGACGUAUUCACCGCCUGAAAAUGUAUUAGAGAAUAAAUUAGAUGGUCAACAGGAUCAUAUUGUUACAACCGCUGAAACGCCUUCACAGUUACAACAGCAAUCAGCAUCACCACAGGCAUCAUCUAAAGAAGAGGUUCCUGCAGAUGGUGGUGCCGACGGCGAUGAUGAUGAUGAUGGUGAUAAUGAUACAGUCCGUCAGUUACGCGCUAAUAUUCCCUAUACACCAGUAGAACCAAGUGAAGCUGAAAUUGCGCCUUGUUUAGGCUCUAGAUUAUCUAUAGUAUCUUUAGACAAAUUAGAGAAUCUAGUAUCUGCACCUGCUGAAGGAAAAAAUACAUUCAAAAGAACUAUGGAAUAUUCAACAACAACAACAACAACAACAACAGUCAUGGAUUCAAGUAGUAUUUGGGAGAAGUCAAGCAGUGGGAUACAAGAGACUGUAAGAACUCUUGGAAGUAGAAUCGUCAAUUCCACUGAUGGACGCGAUGAAAUAUCUGUUGAUAAUAUGAAUAAUACAGUUACAAUGAAUGAUGAAAAAGAAAUUGAUACUUCACAUUAUAAUCCUCGACCAUCAAGUCCUGCUGAAGGUGCAGCCAGUGAAUUUUCUCAUCAAUAUCAUCAUCAUAAUCACCGUCAUCAAUAUUAUCAAAAUGCAUCGUCAAUUUCUUCUUUCUCUUCAUCAUUACCAUGUGUCUUUGUUAAAGAUUUCCAAUCGUCUGAUGAAGUGUAUGAAAUGAAGAAUGACACCAUUGCAACACCACAUUAUGCUUCAGAUAGUAAUCUAAAAUUGUGUAGCCAGACAGAGGUUGUUGUUAAAGAUAUUUCACUGACAGCUUCAUUACUAUCUUUUCAACAGAAUGAAACACGCUGUAAUGAAUUGUACACUUCACAAUCUUCUGAAAUCGUUAAAAAUAUGAAGGAUCAGUUUUUAGAUGCUUCACCUGAAAGUAUAAGUGCUAAAGAUGUUGUAUUGAAUGCUGAUAUGUUGGUGAAUAUUUCAGCAAAGAUAAAGUCAUCUACCGCACCAAAUAAACACUCAUUGAAUAAACAAACUUUAAAGGAUUCUUCAAGUAAACCAGCUAAUCGUGUUCAUAAUGAACUUCGUAUGGUUAAAGCCUCUACCGGGGGAAAAUCACAAACCUCUUCUUCUACAGCCCAUGUUCUGCCUAGACAGAAGCCUGCAGGUCGUGGAUUCCUUCAAAGUAGUGCUUCACUUGUACAAACAUCAAUGAAAAAUAAAUUUCAAAGUACAGGCAUUCCACAUGUUCAGCAAAAAAUGCUGAGACCUUCUUCAUCAAUUCCAAUAACUUCUAAAUCCCAUACACAGUCAUCUAGUACUAUCAGGUCAUCUAUCAAACGUCAGCCUUUGGUAUCUGUUGAUGCCCCACCUGUGCGCAGAAUUGGAACUUCUGUUUCCUCUUCCUCAUCAUCUGGAUGUCGAAAAUUAAAUCCAAUAGAUCAAGCAAAAACACUACGCAUGGAACUUGCACAAUGGCAGAGAAAGCGUUUAGGACAACGUAAUGAGGCUGUUAGUGAGAAAGCGACAACAUCGCCACCGCUAACACCACCACCAACAACAACAACUACAACAGCAAUAAGUGCUUCUGAUUCACCUCCACACACCAUCCAAGCCUCUUCUGCUUGUUCUGGUGAUCCUGUUGUCGACAGGAAUACAACUGGCGAACAUGUACCACAGACUGAAGAUAAUCAGUUGUAUACUGAAGCCGCGGGUCCAGUGGAACCUACAUUUACUAGUACCACAAAUCAGUUAUUAAUUGAUUUAACUUUGAAUACUACAACAAAGCAUUCACCUAACUCUUAUUCUGUUGAUAUGGAUGCUACAGAUUCUCCGGUAUUGAUUGGCUCUUCAGGUGAAGGCGAAGUUGAAGGUGAAGUAGUUUUUAAACAACCACCUGAAAUGAUGAACAUCCCUGUUCAAUCAUCAUCAUCAUCGUCAUCGGAGGUGAAAGUUUCUCCUGAGGUGAGCAUUCAUUUUUCUCAGGAUAAGAAGGUAACUGACAACCGCUCAGAUAAUGUCAAACAUGCAGAUAAUUUGGAUUGUGUAAAAGUUGAUCAAAGCAACACUUCCAGUUCACAUUUACCUUCAAAACUUCGUAAAGAAAACAAUUCAGCACUUUGUACUUCAGAUCGUCAUAAACGCGCAUUGGUCAAUCGUUCACGUGUUAAAGAAUACGACCGUAUUCGUCGUGAGCAGUUGAUGAAACGAAGAUUAUAGAUUCAACUAGAGAAUUAAUACUCCUUAAUCAGAUAUAAUUUACUCAUGAAUACUGAUUAAAUUGUAAUUACACACAUAUACAUAUACUGAUUUAUGCACCUAGAAUUCUUCAAACAUACACUUCAGUAUUCCUAUUUGUGAAUGUAUUUUGUUUUCUGCAGUUUGAUAUUAAAGUUUUUCGAUUUUAUAAAUAGACACUAUUGGAUUU